UCAAAAGAGGCAAACAAAACUUGUAGCAGCUACCAAUGCGCGUACCUUGGCUAGCACCAUGCCCUAAGUCCAUGACGACACAACCAAGGGAGCUAGCUUCGUUUACAGAUUUGGAGUGAACUUUGGGUAAUUGCCUGCAAUAUGGACGCGGGUCACGGUUCACACGCACCUGCGGGCAGCGAUGGCGGAUCAUCCUCCAUGUCUCCGAGUAUGGGUCACGUCGCUGGAUUCGAAGCUCAAUUAAUGCCGAUGCAAAGCAGUUUUUACUGGGGUAAGGACAUGACGCUCUUGUUUUCGAGCUGGGUAACAAGAAAUCCGGUUCACUACGCACUCGUCGUCCUGGCUGUUUUUAUUUUUGCAAUCGCCCACCAGUUUCUGGGAUACAUCCACAAGCUCUACAGCGGAAGCAGCAGCAGUGGCAGCAGCAAACAUAAACACGCAUGGCUCGAGAUGUUGGUGGGGGUGGUUUUGUAUGGCGCCCACACAACCACGGGCUACUUGCUCAUGCUCAUCGUCAUGAGCUUCAACGGAGGUGUCUUCGUUGCCGUCAUAUCUGGGCUGUGCCUGGGAUUCUUGAUAUUCCAAGCCAUUGAGAGGGCUAUGAAUGUGAAUGCGUCUGAUCGUGCA